AUGGAGACCACAAUUCCUGUCUAUAACGACCACCUGUGGAAGUUCGUCAAGCCGAGGGGUAUUGUGAUGGAGCCAGUUCGAGCGUGGACGGCCAAUAGACUAGCAGACAAUGGGCAGCAGUGGGUACAAACAUUCGCACGCUACAAUUCCGGCACUUACAACAACGAAUGGAUGGUAAUAGAUUACAAGUUAUUUCAACCUGGAUCCAAAGAGCUCAAGCCAGGCUUGUUGACAAUCAUUGAACAGCUGCCUGGUUAUGUCACGUAUGCUGAUGUUACGGACGUUCUUCAGAAACAGGGAUACUGGGCAAGCUACAAUUUGCCUUAUUUUCCAGAUGUCUACAACAUGAGUGGACUUCCAGCAAAAUUCGACAACUUUGGGGAUCAUUUUUCCCAUGAUAAUUGUCCAAGAGCAAAAAUAAUUAAACGUGACCAGUCAAAGAUUACAGGCAGGAAAUCGCUUUAUGAAUUUAUGAGAUAUAAUGAUUACCUCAACGACCCUCUAUCCAAGUGUAAGUUCUGCACACCUGCUCAAAAUGCAGACUAUGCUAUUUCAGCCAGGAAUGAUCUAAAUCCACACAACGGGACGUACCCCAUUCAGAUUCUUGAACACAUGAUGUUCGGUGCCACAGAUGUAAAGAUGACGUCACAUGCCGCCAUAAACUGGCUACAAAUGGAAGCAGUCUCAGGACCAACAUACGACCCACUUCCUCCCUUUCAGUGGAGCAAGCAUGACAACAAGAGACACUUCGGACAUCCAGAUCUGUUUCAUUUCAAGCCUAUUUACUUUAACGGGACCAAUCUCCCUCCUUAUCCUGUAGAAUAAUGGAAUAAAUAUAUAUUUCACUUGA